UUUGUUGACACUGCUCACAGUCCGUUUGCUUUACGCGGUCGCCAUGUUGACUGUUACCAAAGAGCCUUAAAAUGAAAGAGCUGUAACAUUAGCUGCUACGUAGCCUGACUAACGGUUACAGCUCAAAAAAAUAAAUAAACGGUUGUAUUGUAAGAAAACCUGCAAGUUGGCAACUACUUGAAAAUGCGAUUGAUUUAACUUUUAUGUACACAUUUUCUACGAUAUGGUGUCGUGCGUCAGUUUUUACCACAUAUUUCGUACCGUUUGGAAACAGACGCCAUCUUUGUUGGGGUUGCUCAAGAGGAACAUGACCUUUGCACCGGUGAAGCUGAGCUGUCCUACAGUCCCACUGUCCAAUGGUCUGCAGAUUCCAAUAUUGGGAUUAGGCACAUCCCAUCAUGGCGGAUACUCUCAUGAUGCCGUUGUGUAUGCACUCACUGAGUGUGGCGUGCACCACAUCGACACAGCAAAGCACUACGGCUGUGAGGAGAAGCUGGGUUACGCGAUAAGAGAAAGCGGGAUACCACGAAGUGAUCUGUGGGUCACCAAUAAACUGUGGCCGGGGGACUAUGGAUACAAAGCUGCAAAGAAGGCCUGCCGUGACUCCUGUUCACAGAUGGGGGUGGAAUAUUUCGAUCUGUAUCUGAUGCACUGGCCAGAGUCAUUGCGACCUGGUUACUCCAACAGGGAGGUGAGAGCGGAGACCUGGAGAGCUUUGGAGGAACUCUAUAAAGAAGGGGUGUGCUCUGCUAUUGGAGUGAGCAACUUCCUGGUUUGCCACCUGGAAGAGUUAAAGGAAGACUGCAGUGUUGUGCCACAUGUUAACCAGGUGGAGUACCAUCCUUUCCAGCAGCCCAAUCAGCUGAUAAAAUACUGUCGUCAGGAGGGAAUUGUGUUUGAAGGAUACAGUCCUCUGGCCAAGGGUCAAGCCCUCAGCAACCCAACCGUUCUACAGUUAGCAGAAAAACACGGACGCACACCUGCUCAGAUCUGCAUCCGCUGGAGCAUUCAGAAUGGAGUUGUCACAAUACCGAAAUCAAUCACAAAGAAGAGGAUUCAGGAAAACUGUCAGGUGUUUGGGUUCCAGCUGGAGGAAUCAGACAUGGCCGCUUUGGGAAGCUUGCACGAUGGAAGACACGUGACUUGGGACCCAACAAACGUGGAGUAAAAAUAUGUGAGAGGAGUCAGUGUUUAUCAUGGACAUUUGGUCAGUAAUAGAUGACUGAAGAUAUAAUCUUGUGAUUGUAAUAAGAUUUUAAUUAACGCUUUGUUCAUUAGUAGUGUGUCACACUUUGCCUGUAGGGAGACUCUACUACGAUGUGAAGUUCAUUCAUCUCAGCUACCUCUUCUGGAAAAGAUUAACAAACAGGCACGUGAACUCAGAAGGACCAAACAAUUCACCUGUACUGUACUUUAUAUUAAUAUCUACUUAUUUUUGUUUAAUAAUGCAAGAAUGACUGCAUGUUACAAUCAUAGGUUAUAUAAAAAAAUGAUUUUCAUUCUAAAUACUGAAAAUUUGCCUUUGUUGAAAUAAAGCUGUCACACUGAGAAUGUGAAGGAUUUUUAGGAUUUCCUAACUCCUGGACUUACAGGCUUUAACAAAGGACCUGCAUUAGAUGAGGCUGAGUGGGCAGGGCACUUUAAACAUAUCCAUUCAUUGACUCAAAAGGCUGAUGUGCAGGUAUUAUCUUAGGUACUGGUUUGACCCCCACCCAGUAUCACUAAUCCUGGCACCUCACAGUUUCACUGAGGAACAGCAGGAUUUCAGUUUCUCUCCACUUUUUUCUGAUGAUUCAAAGUCCAGUUUGACCCACAUCAGACAACAUGUUGAUGAUGAUUUUCAGUCUCUGACUUACCUGCAAGCUGUGUAAAAAAAGCAAAUGGUUAAAAUAUUUCUGUAAAAUAAACGAAAUAAGAAAGGAAACAUAUAUAGGUACAGCUCAUAUUACAUAAUUAUACAUUAAUGGUCUUUUAGAAAGAUACCACUUGCAACAAGAAGUCAAAUCCACACUCAGACUUGGUGUGACCCCAACCAUACUGCCCUGGGCCACAGGUGAGCUCUCGCCUUGCAGGUUGCUCUGGAUCUGGUCUAUUAUGCAGAGGUGUGGACUCAAGUCAGACUUGAGUCACAAAUUUGAUGGCUUUACUCAAAUUGACAAUAAAAAUUACUCUCCAUUAGUCAGUCACUUAAAGGGACUGCACUUGUAUAGCUCUUUUCUAGACUUCCGAUCACUCAAAGCU